UCCAUCUUCCUCCGCCCGACAACACCAUCCACAUCCCAUGGAGUCCUCCCUCCUUCUUUCCUCCUCCUCCUCCCGCCUCUUCCUCAAGCCCUCCCUCCUCGCCCCCUCCUCCUCCAUCGCACAUCGACGCUACGCCUCCUUCCGACCCAAGCUUCCGCCUCGACGCUUCCUCUCCGUGGCACCGCGCGCUGCGUCCGAGGUGUUCGACGGAAUUCACAGCCAGGACAAGCCCCCCGGGGUCGGGCGCGGGGGCGCGCGCCGGAGAGCCUACCGCGAGGCGCAAGGGGAGCCCUCCGCGCCCCCCGUCGGCGCGGCAGCGAGGGGCCUCACCCGCUACGUCGUCCCGGCCGGGGCGUUGCUCGCGCUGAGCUUUGUCAUAUGGAAGGUGGUUCAGCAUUUCGUUCCUGGGAAGAGGAAGGACCGGGUUCCUGGAGAACCCGCGUCUUCUGGGGCCAUGUGGUCCUUCGCUGCCGGUUCCAAUUUGUCAACAUCUACAAGCUUUAAAGCUGAAAAGGAGUCCAAGAAAAACCUAAACAAGUUCUACAAGGAACUGCGGACGCUCAAAACCGUUAACAUGGCAGGCCGUCAAUUCGGCGACGAGGGUUUGUUCUUUCUGGCAGAAAGCUUAGCCUAUAACAAGAGUGCAGAAGAGGUGGACUUUUCUGGUAACGCGAUAACAGCUGUGGGAAUAGAAGCCUUUGAUGGCAUUCUCCAGAUAAACACAGCUUUAAAGUCUCUCAAUUUAUCUGGAAAUGAUAUCGGAGAUGAAGGAGCUAAGUGUCUUUCAGGUAUAUUGGUAGAAAACGUAGGUAUUCAGAAGCUCCUGCUGAACAGUACCAAUAUUGGAGAUGAGGGAGCAAAAGCGAUUUCGGAUAUGCUGAAAAAGAACAAAACAAUACGCUUUGUACAGCUCAGCAAUAAUACAAUCGAAUACAGUGGUUUUGCAAGUAUUGCAGAUGCACUUCUUGAGAAUAAUACGCUACGGAGCUUGUAUCUCAAUGGCAACUAUGGUGGUCCUCUCGGUGCAUCCAGCCUAGCAAAAGGAGUUUUAGGGAACAAAUCUCUCAGGGAACUUCACUUACAUGGUAAUGGGUUUGGGAACGAAGGAUUACGGGUGUUGAUGUCUGCAUUAUCUGCUCACAAAGGCAAGAUAACAGCCUUGGAUAUUGGCAACAACAACAUUACAUCAGAGGGUUCUCAUUAUGUUGCCGAGUUCAUCAAAAUGACGAAGUCUCUACGGUGGCUCAGUCUUUACAUGGAUGACGUUGGUGAUGAGGGUGCUGAAAAGGUGGCAGAUGCUCUGAAACAGAACAAAACAAUUUCUACAAUGGACUUUGGUGGUAAUAACAUUCACUCUAGAGGGGUAACUGCAAUAGCUGAAACUUUGAAGGAGAAUGCAGUGUUGACAACACUGGAGUUGAGUUAUAAUCCAAUUGGACCAGAGGGGGUAAAGGCUUUGUGCGAUGUUAUCAAGUUCAAUGGCAAAAUCCAAACCCUUAAGCUUGGUUGGUGCCAGAUAGGUGUGUCAGGUGCAGAAUCCAUUGCUGAUUGUUUGAAGUAUAACACAACAUUGUCGACAUUGGAUUUGCGGGCAAAUGGACUUGGAGAUGAUGGUGCUAUCUGCUUGGCGCGAAGUUUGAAGAUAAUCAAUGAAUGUUUGAAAUCACUUGACCUGUGUUUUAAUGAGAUUAGAGAUGAUGGAGCAUUUGCAUUGGCGCAAGCACUCAAGGCUAAUGAGGAUCUUACAGUCACAUCAUUAAAUCUUUCAAACAACUUCUUCGGUAAAUUUGGACAGGUUGCUCUGACUGAAGCAAGGGAUCAUGUAUACGAGAUGACUGGAAAGGAAAUAGACAUUUAUUUUUAG